AUGCAGCUCUCCCUCACCUCCCUCGUCUCCCUCCUCGCAGCGGCCCAGUCCGCCUCAGCCUGGCAGAUCAUCGGCUACGCCGACAGCAGAAUCUGCAACGACCAGGUCCAGAACCGCGUCCUCCGCGGCAGCACCUUCCACGACACCUGCUUCACCUUUGGCCAGUCCAUGCCGGGCGUGUCUUGCACCCACUACGCCAGAAACGGAGCCCCCGCCCAGGCCUGCAGCGGCCAUCUCCCCAUCGUCUCCAUCCGCCACGGCACCGGAGAGAACUGCAUCUUCUACGAAAACGCGGGCUGCACUGGCGGCCAGAUUUGGAAGAACGGCGUCAACGGCUGCGCUACCUUUGGCGAUCGCACCACCAUUGGAUCCUACAGGUGCAGCACCCGUUAA